AUUUCAUGCAGCCGUCGGGCGAAUGGAAUUCUCAUGGGAUCCAAAGAUCCAGUUUGCGCGAUUACGACGUUGGCGACCAACAUGGCCGCAGAUCGCUUCCUACUCCUUUCAAGCGUCACUCGCAAUAUUCUGGCUCUACCUCAUGACCGCUCCUCCAUUUCCAUAUAAACUGGGAAUACCGCUACUAUAUAUCACCGCGAUAUUUAUCCCCGUCACUGCACAAUUCUUCAUUCCAGCAACGCCCAUCUUCUCAUACUUACUGUCUUUCUAUUCGUCGCGCUUCAUCCCCACCGACUAUCGCCCCACCAUUCACGUCGCCCUCCUCCCGACCCUUGAGACCGUGCUUUACGGUGCAAAUAUAUCCGAUCUACUUACUCGAUAUACCUUCACCGCCCUCGACUUGCUCGCAUGGAUACCGUACGGUGUGGGCCACUUCACCCUGCCCUUCUUCAUCGCCUUCUUCUUGUGGAUCUUUGCUCAACGCCCGGCUUUGCGAUUCUUUGCCCUUGCCUUUGGUUUCAUGAAUCUCACUGGUGUUUUGAUUCAAGCAAUGCUGCCUUGUGCUCCUCCUUGGUAUGAGCUCAUUUAUGGUUUGACCCCGGCCGACUACAGUAUCCCCGGGCAUCCAGGAGGACUCGCUCGCAUAGAUGCUAUCUUCCACUCACAAGGCUAUACGAAAGCGUUCGGAGUAUCGCCAGUCGUCUUCGGUGCGUUCCCCUCGUUGCACGGCGGCUCAGCAACGAUGGAGGCUCUCUUCCUCUCCCACUUCUUCCCAAAGUAUCGCGCCAUCUUCUGGAGCUACGCUGUUGUCCUCUAUUGGGCAACAAUGUACCUCACGCACCACUAUCUCAUCGAUGUGGUGGCUGGUGCCUGUCUCUCUGUCAUGUUUUUCUAUUUCCUCAUACCCGACGAGCUUCGGGAACGCACAGACGAAACGCCAAAAUACAACUACGAGCGAUAUGAUGUCGAGGCUGCUACACGGAGACGGGAGUUGAGGACGGGGACCUGGACAGAGAACCCAGACGACGACGAUGACGACGCGCUCAGUGUGCAUUCAUUGCCCGAAGAUGAUCGCACUCCAACCUCUGCCAUGCCCUUCUUCCCUCAUCGACCGCCCAGGGCACACCGCCAGACGGCUUCAAUUGCAUCACUGUCUGGCUCGAAUCAACCAGCAGAUGGAGACAUAUCCUUAGGCCCAAUACGCUAA